AUGUCGACGUGCUUCCGAUCGAUCCCAUGGGGAUCACUGAAUGCAGCAGUGAUAUCGAUCGUAGGAUGUCUGGCAUUCUCUAUACUCUUCGAUGGAGCCAUGGAAGGCUUCUCAAUGCAGGUUAAUACUCUCUUUCCUCUUGGCUCAUUCACGUUCCGAUGGGUCAUCGUUUGUGUGACAAUAUUCAUCAUAACAAUUUCCAUAUUGUUCCUCCUCAUCGGGGCUGCAUCUACUUCCACGUCAGUUAAACUGAACAAGAAGCCUGAAUCUAUCGAGAAUCAAUCACUACUGUCUCGGAUUGUAACGUCCAGAUGUCUUCUCGGGCUCGUCACAUUAUCGACAAUGGCUUUGGUUUUGAUAUGGGCAUUAAUCGUUUGUACGUGUGCGGUUUUGGCCGCAUUCUACAUCGUCUUCAUCGGCGCAGUUUACUCGUUCUGUGCGCUCGUUGAUCAACAAUGCUUUGAUUUCACAGUCUUGUUACCUGCACUAGUUAAUCGACUCAGCAAACAGGUAACCCAACUGAACAGCAUCUCCCAGUGCUAA